UCGCCGAGACGGAGGCGGCGCGCCGCCGCUGGCAGGAGCCCGGCGAGCCGCUCGGCCGAGAGCUGCUGCACAUCCUGCGCCAGAAGGACGCCUACUUCGAGCCGGCGUUCGUGGGCCGGCCGGCGCGGCGUGCGUCGGAGGCCGGCGACAUGGCCAUGUUGGGGGACGCGAUCGGUAUCAUGGAGGCGGCCGUCUCGCUGAAGCACUUGUCGUCCGAGAUGCGUCAGCACGUACGUACGCGGCUGGGCCUCAUCCUCAAUGAGAUUGGCCUGCUACACAACCGACGCCUGGAGAAUCUGAUGCAGACGGUGGACGGCGGCGGCGCUGACGGCCUGCGCGCGCGCGCCGAGGCGCAGCGCCGGCCCAUGGAGCGCGCCUACAAGAGCGCGGAGGCGGCCUUCAGCAAGGUGGGCGGCUGCCGGGUACCGGCAGGUAGUGUGGAGUGUGACAUCAUUUGGCAUGAUGUAGCACAUAACAGGAUGCGCGGUCACUCUUCUGGACGGGACGCCGCAGCGCUGCGCCACGGAGAUGAACCUGGGCCACCUACCGCCGCCGUCGUCGGCUGCGCCAACUUCGCCGCGCGCAUGCGUCUCUUCCGCAGCGGCGUCGGUUACCGCAUGGCGCUGCUGCACACGGGACUGCCGGCCGGGCGCGGGCCGCGCGCCGGGGUGGAGCUGUUCCGGCGCGCGCUGACCCUCUGUGACCCGACUCUGCUGGAGCCGGGCGACGAGCGACGCCAGGUGUGCUUCCACGCCGGCGAGGUGCUCGCCAUGCAGGCCGACCACCAGCUGGAGCAGGCGCGACCACCCGCCUCCGAGAAGCGGCGCACGCAGCUGCUCGGCGAGGCGUUGGAGACGUACAGCCAGGCGGCCACCAUGUACCAGGAGGCCGGCCGGCCGGACCGGCUGCUCGCCAUGCUGCACGCUCAGGCCACCGUCAGGGAGGGGCAGGCCCUCUCGUGCAGCCACUGGUUCAGCCGCGUCAAGCUGGUGGAGGAGGCGCUGUCGUCGGCGGCGGCGGCCGGCUCGCCGCUGGCGCCGCUGCUGGCGCGCGUCGCCGCCGGCGCCGCCGUCUCGGCCGACGCCACCGUGGCUGAGCGGGCGCAGGACGCGGCCGGCCGUCUCUUCGCCAGCCUGCUGAACGCGCUUAAGACGGUCUGUCUUCUGCUCAGGAAGUACGGCGGCAACAAGAAGAGACAGGCGCCGGCCUACUUCGAGGACCUGUACCGCCAGAGUCUGGCCGUGUCGAUGCGGCCCGGCUCCGAGCUGGAGAAACUGGCCGCCCUGGUGGAGCAGAUUCGCCUGGCGCAGAAGCACUCCUGACCGUUCCGUCCGUGGCUCGAGGGUCUAGCCGCAGCCGAGUUGGGCCUUGUCUUACCUUCCACCUGGUGGCAGCUCUGCGAACUACUCGGCCCCGUCCGUCGGCACUCUGCGCGCAUUUGUACAUCAGCAUGAACAUGUGCUGACACCCAUAUGUAAUCAUGAACGCUCGUACUCACCGCGCUUAUACUUGUGCUGUGCUGUAUUUAUCUGAACUGAUGUAUCGUUUGUAUACCUCUUACCGAGCGCGGAGCACGGCUCAUUCAGUGGUGAAUGGCCUUUGUAUUCCAAUUAACUCUCGUAUUUUAUUUAGACCGUUGCGUUUCCCCCGUUGCAUUCAGUGAAUGGUUGGCCGAAAUUGAUCCAUACCACGGUUAUGAUGUUUCGGCCAGCCAUUCACCGAAACGCGACGUAAGGAACUAGUAUACUGGGUGCGGUUCGGGCGCCUAAACCACUGAGUGAGCCGGGCCCGGACACCGACGUCCUCAGGAUGCCGGCGUCCGCACGCGAGGCUGUGCCGCUGUGAACGGCGCGGGGUCCCGCGGGACGGGCCCGCUCAAUGGCAGGACAUUUGUACUACAGUUUCAUGCUAGUGACGCUUACGCAAGGAUCUCAGGUGUGCCGUGGCGUGUCAGAGUGGCGAUUUAAUGAUGGCUUGUGAGCUUUACCACUGUAAUAAAGAUAACUG